CUGUGCGAGAAUCCUGACCGAACGAGCUGCGGAAACGGCACGGCGAGUAGCCCACCGCUGCCAGAAUAAUCGGACUGGAACCAAAAAAUGUCUCACAGAUAAGGGUGUUUUAAGGCUUUGACAUUCUUGAUUGGAGUUGGAAGCGGCAGGACCAACAGCAUCUAUUUAUUUGAGUCUAUUUAUUUAUUAUUUAUUUUGUCCUCCAUUGAUUUUUUUCGGUCUGUAAUGGCUGGGCUCUCGGGCUGCGGCUGCUAAGCGGCAGGUGCAUUGUCGAGGACAUGUCUGUGCGUGAUGGAUUUCGCCUCGCCACUGAGAUGAUGGAUAUGCCGGAGCCGACGGGAAUUCACAUCCACAACAGAGCCUUCGAUGGGUGAGACAUCUUAAAUCGGGGCGCGUCUGAGACCUGUGGCCGAGGCUGUGUCGCAGGAGAGCGGGUAGGGGAGGGUGGUAGGCUAGAGACACUGGAACGAAAAUAAAUAAAGAAUCAAGCAAGCAGUGGGAGAAUACAAACUAUUAGACGUGUGUAAUACAUAUGGGACCAGGACAUGGAACUCAACAGGGCCGCAUUUUAACGAUGACAUUACGUUAAAGGCGUUUGGCACGGAUUAUUCGCCCUGCAGAGGGGUCGAUUGGAUGAAGUAUACAUUUCUUGGUUCAUCUCCCGUCAGUUAUUUUGCCCCGGUUUAACCGGGUGAUUUCCUACUAGCAGUUAAGCACCACUCCGUCUAACCGCCACGAUGAUGGAACUACAGCUGGAUGAGGUGGUGUACCAGGAUGACUACGGCUCCGUAUCCGUGAUGUCGGAGCGCGUGUCAGGCCUGGCCAACAGCAUCUACCGGGAGUUUGAACGCCUUAUUCACAGUUAUGACGAGGAGGUGGUAAAGGAGCUUAUGCCUCUGGUGGUGAACGUUCUGGAGAACCUGGAUGCGGUUUUGACAGAGAACCAGGAGCACGAGGUUGAGGUAGAGCUCCUGAAGGAGGAUAACGAGCAGCUCAUCACCCAGUACGAGCGCGAGAAGGCGCUCCGAAAACAGGCAGAAGAGAAAUUUAUCGAGUUUGAGGAUGCCUUGGAGGCAGAUAAGAAGGACCUGCAGAGACAGGUGGAGUUCCUGGAACUGCAGGGAAAGCAACUCGAAGUCAAGAGCAAGAACUAUGCCGACCAGAUAUCUCGACUGGAAGAGAGGGAAGGUGACAUGAAGAAGGAGUAUAAUGCCCUACACCAGCGUCACACAGAGAUGAUCCAGACGUACGUGGAACACAUCGAGCGCACCAAAAUGCAGCAGGCUGGAAGCAACCAAUCAGAGAGCACAGGCAGCCGAACUCACCGCCACAACUGGAGGAAAAGUAAAGCGGAGCGUCCUCCAUCGCUGAGCCUGUUCUCCUGUGGGGAUGGGAUGGAGGACGGCUCAGAGUCAGAUUCCGUAGCUGCGACCCCCAGCAGCGGCGGUAGCAAGUCCAACACGCCCACCUCCUCGGUGCCCUCGGCCUCAGUGACCCCCCUGAACGAGGUGCUGGUGUCGGCCGGAGAGCUGGAUGGCCACCGGGGAAGGAGCAGGAAGAGUGCCAAACGACUCAGCAGGAACAUGGAAGUCCAGGUCUCCCAGGAAACCAGGAACGUCAGCAUUGGUAUGGGCAGCAGUGAUGAGUGGUCUGAGUUCCAGGAGAUCAUUGACUCUACUCCAGAGCUGGACAUGUGUGAUCCACGACUCUAUGGAGGAGGAAACAGUCCGUCUCAGGGCAUAGUGAACGAGGCCUUUGGCAUCAACACCGACUCCCUCUAUCAUGAGAUCAAAGAUGCCAAGUCCGACAUCAUUGGCGACGUGGAUGCAGGCGCCGAGCUGCUUGGGGAGUUCUCAGUGCGAGAUGAUUUCUUCGGGAUGGGGAAGGAGGUAGAGAAUCUGCUGACAGAAAACAAACAGCUACUGGAGACAAAGAAUGCCCUGAACAUUGUGAAGAAUGACCUCAUAGCUAAAGUGGACGAGCUCUCAUCAGAGCAAGAAGUGUUGCGGGAGGAACUGGAGGCCGUCAAACAGUCAAAGAACAAAGUGGACGCCAGGGUCAAGGAGCUGGAAGAGGACCUUAAGAGGCUUAAGGCGGAGGCUCUAGGAGCAUCUCAGGACUCAAAGGAUGAAGGUGGAGAAGAUUACUCGUCCCCGCUGCAGGACGGCGACGUGGCCAUCGCUCAGCGGCGGCGCUUCACGCGCGUGGAGAUGGCCCGCGUCCUCAUGGAGCGCAACCAGUACAAGGAGCGGCUCAUGGAGCUGCAGGAGGCCGUGCGCUGGACCGAGAUGAUCAGAGCAUCGAGGGAGAACCCUCAGAUCCAGGAGAAGAAGAAGUCUACCAUCUGGCAGUUCUUUGCACGUCUCUUCAGCACCUCCUCCAGUCCUCCUCCUGUGAAGAGGCCCUACAACAGCGUCAACAUCCACUACAAGUCCCCCUCGCCGGCCAGCUUUAACCAGAGGCGCUCCCACACCAUGUGCCAGAUCUCCACGUCCAACCGCACACUCGAGUUCUUCCCCGAAGACGACUCGGCGCUGUCGGUGAGGCGCGAGCAGCGGCGGGAGCAGUACCGGCAGGUGCGCGAGCACAUGAGCCGGGACAACGGGCACCUGCAAGCCUGCGGCUGGAGCUUGCCUCCCCGAUACAAACAGGUACCGCUCGCAUCCGAGGCCAGAGCCCAGAACCAACCUCACACCCGACCCGAGCCGACCGCGACACCUGAGACCGGAACAACCGCGCCCCAGGCGGAAGGCACGCAGGAGAGCCCCCUGAAGAGACAGCAGGCCAAUGAGAAGGAGGACAACCGCAUGAAAAACGUGCCAGUGCCUGUCUACUGCCGCCCCCUAGUGGAGAAAGAUCCAAACAGGAAGCUGUGGUGUGCAGCAGGGGUGGAUCUGACUGGCUGGAAGACGGCCAAUCAGGACGCAGUACCUGCAAAGGCUCCAGCCAAUGGCGCCGACCCACUGACAGCAGAGGAGGAGGGAGGCGAGAGCAAGAGCGAGCACAGCUCACCGGAGAAGAAAAAGCCUAAGGAGCUGCAUGAGAUGGACUCUAUGAGCAGCCGCGUGUGGAUCCUGACCAGCACCCACUCGGGCAGCAAGGUGGUCAUCAUAGAUGCCAACCAGCCCGGCUCGCUGGUCGACCAGUUUAACGUGUGUAACGCUCACGUGCUGUGCAUUUCCAGCGUGCCAGCUGCCAGUGAUAGUGAUUACCCAGCAGGUGAGAUCUUCCUGGAGCAGCAGCAGCAGCCACAGCAGGGUGACGGCAGCAAAGAGGAGAGUGGUGGGGUGGAGGGCAUGUUAGCGGGCAUCACCCUGGUGGGUUGUGCCACCAACUGCAGCGUGGUGCGCAGCAACUGCUCCUCACGCACCGACACUCCUGUUCUGGACAAAGGCCAAGCCCCCACAGCUCCGGUGCUAAGCAGCAGGUUAGCCGUGUCCCAGUCGGCUGAGGAGGCCACCGAGGCCACAGAGGUGCCCGAGGAGGCGGGGCCUAACGAGGAAGGGGAGGAGCCCACUCAGACAGGGCCAUUUACCGAGCACGUCUUCACCGACCCACAUACGCACAGCACAGACAGCAACACAAACAGCCAUGAUGGUGGCCAGAAAGAGGAGGUGAACUCAGCUCCUGCAGACUCCCAGGAGGGGGGAGAUGAUCGUGCCGGGACCAGUGUAGCCCCCACUAUGUGGCUUGGAGCCCAGAAUGGCUGGCUCUAUGUGCAUUCCUCCGUGGCCAACUGGAAGAAGUGUCUUCACUCCAUUAAGCUCAAAGACUCUGUACUCAGUCUAGUGCAUGUCAAAGGUCGAGUCUUAGUUGCACUGGCAGAUGGAACUUUGGCCAUUUUCCACAGGGCAGAGGAUGGACAGUGGGAUUUGUCCAACUACCACCUGAUGGACCUGGGCCGGCCCCACCAUUCUAUCCGCUGCAUGGCCGUGGUACACGACAAGGUGUGGUGCGGCUACAAGAACAAAGUCCACGUCAUCCAGCCAAAGAGUAUGCAAAUAGAGAAAUCCUUUGAUGCCCACCCGCGCAGGGAGAGUCAGGUGAGACAGCUGGCGUGGAUCGGUGAUGGCGUUUGGGUGUCCAUCCGUUUGGACUCCACACUGCGCCUGUAUCACGCCAUCACCCACCAGCACCUGCAGGACGUUGACAUCGAGCCUUAUGUCAGCAAAAUGCUCGGCACAGGGAAACUGGGCUUCUCCUUUGUACGCAUCACAGCUCUCCUGAUUGGAGGAAACCGUCUGUGGGUGGGGACAGGGAACGGUGUGAUCAUUUCAAUCCCCCUGACUGAGACGGUAGUCCUUCAUCGGGGACAGCUCCUGGGUCUGAGGGCGAAUAAAGUGUCUCCCACCUCCUCGGGGGGCGUGAUCCAUGUGUAUGCCGAUGACAGUGCAGAGAAGAGUAAUGGAAGCUUCAUUCCCUACUGCUCCAUGGCCCAAGCACAACUGUGUUUCCAUGGCCACCGAGAUGCCGUCAAGUUCUUUGUGUCUGUUCCAGGCAAUGUGUUGGCCACCCUUAACGGCAGUGUGUUAGAUAGCCCGUCGGAGCCUCAGGGGUCCUCGGCUCCCGCAGAGACGGAAGCCCAGAGUGUGCAGAAUGUACUGGUGCUCAGUGGAGGGGAGGGCUACAUCGACUUCCGCAUUGGUGAUGGGGAGGACGAUGAGACAGAGGAAGGGGAGGGCGGCGCCCCUCAGAUGAAGCCAGCGUUGUCGAAAGCCGAGAGGAGUCACAUUAUUGUGUGGCAGGUGUCCUACAUCCCAGAGUGACAAGACCCCCCCCCCACCCUCGAUCCCGCUUCAUCCCACCCUGUAACUACCCAUGAUUUCCUGUAACUACCCUGUACAACGUUAUGAAGGCCCAGUGCCCUGUAACUAUACCCCUCUAUCCUGUAACUACCUCCCCGAUGCCUUGUAUGUACCCCAUUUAUCCUGUAAGUACCCCCUCACUGCAUUGUAACUACCCUCCAAAUCCUGUACCUACUGUAAGCUCUGUAACUACCCUUUGGCCCCUCUAUCUAGUCCUCGGCACAUUUUAACUACACCCUCAUUUACCAAUGCCCUAUACCUUGUAUGUAUUGAUUCUGGUGGGAAACCAGCCCCCAAAGCACUGCUAAAUCUCCCUUACUUCUCAGAACCUUUGUAUUCCAAACUACUACAGCUGAAAAAAAAAAAACGCCCUUAUAAAUAGCCAGACACCAGCCAAAUAUGGACGUGGAUAACCUCUGAGGACAGCCCAAUGCCCCCAAGUCCAACAAUCCCUCUCUCCCACACUGACAUCCUCAUCCCAUCCUAUGACUUGAUAGCUCAUUGGAAACCAGCUCACAGCUCACUGAGUUGCCCCGGACACAGGCAGCUGAUUGGUUCAGACCAUUUUUGGACAGGCUCUGAUUGGCUGAUAGGCAAACGUAUCCUGUUACCUGGCUAGUUAGUACAAUGGAGACAGUACAGCGUAAGUAACUCUUGCUUGAGGAAUGAGAGAUGGAGAGAUGCAAUUGCAGGGGGAUUUGGCAUGAAGAAACGCAACACUGAGGAUGGACACCAUGAGACCAAAUGAGACACAUAGCAAGUCAGAGACAGAGCAACAAUUACAGUGACAGAGGCAUAUAGCAAGUGACAAAUCGAGGGGAAUGUGAGGGCUUUAGCUAAGGCUGCAUCUGCAUUAAAGAUCGGACCAAUCAGGGAUCGGACUCUUUGUCAUCAGUGAGCUGUGAGAGCACUCAUCCAAUGACAAGCCCCCACCCCACCCCACCCCACCCUCCUUCAAAGAGUGGCAGCUGGAUGGAGGCCUACUGAUGGUUGCCUGUUUUGAAUGACAGCUGUCAGAGAUGGAUUUCCCUGCCUUGAUGCUCUGUAUGUAAACUCAUCAUUACUCUCUGUUCUCUUAUCAUUGUGGUUAAAUAUUAAAUAUUAAACAUAUUCGUGCAAUGACAAAAGAUCAUUGGUGAAACUUAA